GUUGCCAUUAUUUUAUAUAGUUUCCUCAUCACUUGAGAAUGACAGGCUUAUUAAUUUGAUAAAAAACUGUAUCCAGUAAAAAUACGGAAUGGUCUGUGUAAGCUCUGGAGUACAACUGUCAGUGAUGCUGAGUGAACGAACUCCCACGUCAACUACAAGCUGGAACAAGUCAGGAUAUGUCGCUCAAGAUACAAAUACCAGUCAGCCUUUUACUUCUUCUUGGAGGAUAUCCUCGCGAGUAUAAGGUAAUCAUUAUGAUUAUACUUUUACCUUAUGCUUCCGAGGAUAUGCUU